AUGGACUGGAAUUCGGCGAUGAACACUGAUGAAUCUUUAACUGUGGUAAAAGAAGGGUUUCUCUCAAAGAGAGGAGAACACAUAAAGAAUUGGAGGAAGAGAUAUUUUAUUUUACGAUCUGAUGGAUCGUUCCUGGGGUUCAGGGCCAAACCUGAGGGUGGGGACCUCAGUGACCCCCUUAAUGACUUCACAGUAAAAGAUUGUCAGUUGAUGAAACUAGAACGACCGAAGUCUAAUACGUUUAUUAUAAGAGGGUUACAAUGGACCACUGUGGUAGAGAGGAUGUUCUGUGUAGACACACCAGAAGAAAGAGAGGAAUGGAUACAAGCUAUCAAGUCAGUAUCAGAAACAUUGAAAGUAGAUGAGGAUGAAGCGUGUGGUCCUGCUGAACGGGGCAAGAAAAAGUCUCUGGAAGAUUUUGAGUUUUUAAAAGUAUUAGGUAAAGGAACGUUUGGUAAAGUUAUUUUAUGUAAAGAAAAAUCUACCAGUCAACUUUAUGCUAUUAAAAUAUUAAAAAAAGCUGUUAUUAUAGCUAAGGAUGAAGUAGCCCACACGUUAACAGAAAACCGAGUUUUACAACACACCAAACAUCCAUUUUUAACA